UAUAAUGUGUCAGUAACGUUUAAAAAUCUAAGCAGAAUCAGUCUAAUUUAAAAUUAUUACGAUCGAUUUUAAUAAAAGUAUUUUAUAAAAGUAUUUUAUUAAAAGUAUAGUGCGAACUAUUUAUUAAAAAUUAAAUUACACAUUAGAAGUCAAAAAGAGUUUCUAAAUUAAUCAUUUAAUAAGAAGAUUGAGGUCUUUUGUGCAUUUUUAUUUUGAAUUUUAAUCAAUUAUUUAAUUAUCUUUGAUUAAUUCUUUGAUUAUUUGGAAGAAGAAAAACAAGUAAAUAAGCUCACAAAGAAUCUGAACAAAAUUUUACAAAGGAAUUUAUUCAACAAUCCUGAUUUUAAUAUACAUAAAUCAUAUCUGUUUAUUCAAGUCCGACAAUUCGUUGACAAUAUGUUAUUAUCACGAUGCGAAAAAAUGUCAUUAUAUAUGAAAUUGUCUAUAUUCAUAAUGAAUAUUAUUAGUAUAUUUAUACGACCUAUAUUGUGGUUUAUGUAUAGAAAAAGACUACCGAAUAUACCUCCAAUUAAAAAUCCUUUAUUAAGAUUAAGUGCAACUACAAUAGCAAGAAAGAUCAGAAACGGAGAUCUUAAAAGUGAAACAAUAGUGAAAGCAUAUAUUGAUCGUAUCCAAGAAGUAAAUCCUUUUAUAAACGCAGUAAUAGAAGACAGGUUCGAGCUAGCUAUAAAUGAAGCAAAAUUAUACGAUGAACAGUUGAAAAGUGGAAAAUUCAUUAUACACAUAUUGGAAAAGGAAAAACCACUUUAUGGUGUACCAAUUACUAUUAAAGAAAGUUGUUGUCUAUCAGGAAUGAGUUAUACUGGAGGUUCCUUAUUAAGAAAGGGAAUAAAGGCUUUAGCAGAUGGAUCUACAGUAAAAAUAAUAAAAGAUGCUGGAGCCAUUCCUUUGUUAGUUAGUAAUACUUCUGAAUUCUGUACAAGUCUACAUAGUUAUAAUUUUCUUUAUGGUCAUACAUUAAAUCCAUAUGAUAGAAGAAGAACACCAGGAGGAUCAUCAGGAGGUGAGGCAGCAUUACUUGGUGCAGGAGCAUCACUCAUAGGACUUGGUUCGGAUAUAGCUGGUUCCAUAAGGAUACCAUCUCUCUUCUGUGGUAUUUUUGGUCAUAAACCCACUACAGGUAUUGUUUCUACCGCUGGUCAUUUGCCUUCGAUCACUGGAAAUAUCAAUUACAUGUUAGUGAUGGGACCAAUGACAAGAUAUGCGGAAGAUCUUAAUUUGAUGAUGAAUGUGUUAACUUCCAAAUGCGAAAAACCUUUACGUUCAUAUGAUUCCAUUGAAUUAAAAAAUCUAAAAGUUUUUUACUUAGAUAGCUUUCCUGAUAUAAAAUCAUCUUCAAAGGAAAUAAUUGAGAUAGUCUAUAAAGCUUCACAAUAUUUAAUAAACAAAGGUGCCAUCGUGCAAAGAUUUCCAAAAGAAAAGCUGAAAAACAUAUUAUACAUGACAUUCUCUUUAUUUUCUGAAUUAAAAGAAUUUAAUCUAAUAGAGGGAAGAAAUUCAGUUCUUGAAAUGGGAAAAUCAAUAAUGGGAUUAUCAUCGUUUACACAAACAUGCUGUCUUAUACAAAUGUUCAUAGACAAAAAUGCAUUUAUAUCAGUUUCAAAGAAACAAUAUUAUAUUAAUGCUACAAAAAAACUCACUCGAGAGAUGAAUGAUAUAUUAAAAGAUAAUGGAAUAUUAAUAUGCCCGUCCUAUUUUCGUACAGCAUCUUUUCCACAAACAAUGAUUUUUGAAAUAAAUAAUUGCAUAUAUAGUUCAUUAGCAAAUAUAACGGGUUUACCUUCAACGCAGAUACCAAUGGGUAUGGAUAAAAAUAGAUUACCAAUCGGAUUUCAAGUAAUAUCUGCAACUAAUCAAGAUUAUCUUUGUCUACUAAUUGCCAAAGAAUUUGAACAAAUAUAUGGUGGUUGGAUUUCUCAUUGAUAGACUUUUUUUUAUUCUACAUCGUUAUGAAUAUUUUGCUAUGAAAUAAAUAUUAUUUAUCAAUAGGUUGCAGAUGUUUACAUAAAUAUAAAAAUAGUUUAUGUAAAAUUAUUAUAGAGA